UCUCGGCCCGAUGACUCCUCUCGUUGGCGCGCCCUUUCCCAGCAUCCCCCGCGGCGGUAGCGGAGGCCGUCCCCGCUCGGUGACCUUCGCCGGCAGCUCGCGCCGCCCAGCUCUAACGAUGGUGCAGACGAUGAUUCCAAAGUCAUUGAGAGCCAUGAAAUUCUACUUCACUACCGUGUACCAAGAAAUAUGGGUUGGUGUAGCAAUAACAGCUUAUGUCUACUACAAAAUUUCAUAUGGGGGAAAAAAAGCAGUGGCAGAUAAGUCCUCUGGUGCUGGCCAUCAUUAAAGACUACUUCUCUUCUUGGAGUAUGCACUUGGUGGUUUGUCAUCUUUACUGUAAAUGAAGCAAGUUACAACCAUAGGGAAUUGAAUUCUAAAACUGUACUUUAUCCAUCUGCUGUAAUUACAGGAAGAAUAAAUCCAUUGAGUAACAAAGAAUUAAACAUGUUGGACAAAGUAUGCUGGAGCAUGUUAACUUAAUUUUUAGAAUAAGCAUUUUUUGUUUUCUACAGUUCUUCUAAGAUCCAUGUUAAAGUUGUUCAAUAGUGCUUUGAAAAGGACCAAAUUUCUGUAACUAAACUUCUUAAUAGAAUCAGCCAACAUUUCUUACAAUAGUAUUAAACCUCUUAUACCUUUUUGGGCUAGAACUUUUGAAAUACUCCAUUUACUUCUAAGAUGCCAUUUAAUAGUAUGCCAAGUUUGAGAACUUAAUUCUCAGCUUUUUGUCAAAUUGUGGUGCAGUAAUUAAGGGUACAAAGUUCUUUUUAAAACAUUACAUUUUCUUUAAAGAGUUUUCAGUUCUGCAAGGUCUAAAAGCAAAAGGUGUAUUGUUAUUAAAACACCAUGCAAAAUGUUUAGAGGUUUUUAAAAAGUACAUUAUUGGCAACUAUCUUUUUUUUGUCCUUCAUAUACAGUAGCAGUAAGGAAUUAUUCUGAAAGGCUCUUUAGUCACAAAUUUUGCGAUGGAGUAAGUAAUAACAUGCCCAGAUUGUAUGAGAAAAUUAUUACUACAUGGGCCCUCAUCUUCUAUUUGAGCUUAUGAAAAUCUCAGAAUAUAAAGGGAAUAAUGAAAUUUUGCACUGUGGCAGCAGUUAAUAUAAGCAUAAACAAACAUUUAACUGACUUUAAAAGUUUUCAUUUUUACUGAUAAUUCAGAUGUAAUACAUGUAUUACUAGGAUGGGUUGUUACUGGGUUUUGCAGAUAGCUGUUAAUGUAACUCCAUAGCUUGUAUUAUAUUUUGGAGACUCUAGGAACCUACACUAUCUUAAAAAAAACAGAACUGUACAUGCUAAAUUCUGUACCAGGGAUCCAUAGCGUAUAAAACCAAAACUGGACUUCAUGUCAUGUUUUCAUUUUAGCCUAAUCUGCUUUUGAGAAGAUUAAGAGGCUUAGGUAAUUUUAAUGACUUAAUGCUUACGUACAUCUUUUUAACUACUGCACUGAAACAUCUUAAAUCUUUCAGCUUGAUUAAAAUUUUGCUUUUCAUUCUCCCUGACUGCAGUAUCUGGCCAUAACUUAAAUAUUUGUACUUGAGCACUGAGGAGCUAGAUAACCUUACCUGCUGAUGGCAAACAUUCCAAACACUGUGUUGCCUUUAAUUUCUUCAAAAUCUGUACUUCUGUUUAAGCCUAAUAGCUGUACCUACUACCAGUCAUAUUUCUGUGAAAGCUUUUUUUAAAAAGGCGGGUAUUGCGUUACUCAGUUUGAAAUGGUGACAUCUAUCUUUCAUGCAUUCUUGACGUUUCUUUCACCUUCCAGAGUUUUCCUUGUUGUUGCAUCUUCCCUUGAUACGUUUUAGCUGAUUCUUUCAUCAUCAUUUCUGUAUGGGUUUUUCAGUAUUUCCUCACUGCAGAAGAAUGAGAAGUAGAAAGAACUCGCUAUUUGUUUCUUUACAUAAAACCAAAAGCAUCCAGAAGAAGGGAACAGAAUAAAAACUACAAGAAAAUGGUGCUUCAAAUGAACAGAUAUUAGGCCAGUGGUGACUACAGGGUGAGUCAGUGUUGUGGUAUAGUUAAUAAGUGGUUCAGAUUUAAAAUUCAUGCCAGGUGAAGAGCUAUACAUGCAUUUGUAAUGCAAAUUUAUGAUUAGUAGGUUAUAGUUCCUAAGAUACUACACAUACUUCAAAUGACGUGCUUUGGCAAUUUUCAAUUACAGAGCUAAGGAAAACAAGCUAGGGAAAAAACGUUAAUCACUGCAGGAUUUGCUUCACCUUAGCUAGAACCUAGUACACUGGGACGGAGCUACAUCAACAUGCUGUCUGAUCUCUUACAUGUUAACUGAAAACAAGAGGAGCUUCUGCUAACCUGCCCUUGGAGCACUGUUAACUGAACUUUUAGGUAAACUUUACAUACUAAAACUCUUAACGCUUCUUGAUAUCUGACUUGGUUGAUUUUCUAGUAGGGAAAGAAACUACAUAUGGACAGCAAUGUCUCAGUUAUGAAAACAACACUUUCUACCAAAAUAAUGCUAUCUGCAGCAACUGGUUCUUCCAUUAGUGCAUCUGUUGGAAAUUUCUGUGAAGGUUGCAGAAUAUUCCUGUUUCAGAUUUUUACUUAACACACAAAUCUCUACAAAAGACGGUAAAACUGGUAUUUAUGUUUAAAUAUUUUUUUUAAUUUCUUGAGUAGGAUACAGAAGGAAGAAAUUAACUUUUAGUCAGUGGCUUGACUCCAAAGCAGAAAU